CGCGGGGAGCGUCGGCGCUGCUCCGCGGGGCCGGGCCAGGCUGGCCGCUGCUGGCGCCUGGCAGUGAGGGCGGACUCCCGGGGCGGGCGGAAUGGCCCCCACCUAGUGCGGUGGGAGAAGCGGCUGAGCCCAGGAUGCUGGGGAGGCGGCGCGGCGGCUCGUCACUCACGCCAGAUGUUGAUCAUCUUUCUGAAGUAGAAUCUCCAUGGCCUGAACAUUUUCUGAAAAUCAUUCUGUGCAAAAUAUCUGUUUAAUAACAAGAUAACCACAUCAAGAUGGUUGGAAAACUGAAGCAGAACUUACUAUUGGCAUGUCUGGUGAUUAGUUCUGUGACUGUGUUUUACUUGGGCCAACAUGCUAUGGAAUGCCAUCACCGAAUAGAGGAACGUAGCCAGCCCCUCAGAUUGGAGAUCGCAAAGACCACUGUGCGAACUGGCUUGGACAUCAAAGCCAACAAAACCUUUGCCUAUCACAAAGAUAUGCCUUUAAUAUUUAUUGGAGGUGUGCCUCGGAGUGGAACCACACUCAUGAGGGCCAUGCUGGAUGCACACCCUGAUAUUCGUUGUGGAGAGGAAACCAGGGUCAUUCCUCGAAUCCUGGCCCUGAAGCAGAUGUGGUCACGGUCGAGUAAAGAGAAAAUACGCUUGGAUGAGGCUGGUGUCACCGAUGAAGUGCUGGAUUCUGCCAUGCAAGCCUUCUUACUAGAAAUCAUAGUUAAACAUGGGGAGCCAGCCCCUUAUUUAUGUAAUAAAGAUCCUUUUGCCCUGAAAUCUUUAACUUACCUUGCUAGGUUAUUCCCCAAUGCCAAAUUUCUCCUGAUGGUCCGAGAUGGUCGGGCAUCAGUACAUUCAAUGAUUUCUCGAAAAGUUACUAUAGCUGGGUUUGACCUGAACAGCUAUAGAGACUGUUUAACCAAGUGGAAUCGUGCCAUAGAGACCAUGUAUAACCAAUGUAUGGAGGUUGGCUAUAACAAAUGCAUGUUAGUUCACUACGAACAGCUUGUCUUACAUCCCGAACGGUGGAUGAGAACACUCUUAAAGUUCCUCCAUAUUCCGUGGAACCACUCAGUAUUGCACCAUGAAGAGAUGAUUGGGAAAGUUGGGGGAGUAUCUCUGUCAAAAGUGGAGAGAUCUACAGACCAAGUCAUCCAGCCAGUCAAUGUGGGAGCGCUGUCAAAAUGGGUGGGGAAGAUACCUCCAGAUGUUUUACAAGACAUGGCAGUGAUCGCACCCAUGCUUGCCAAGCUUGGAUAUGACCCGUACGCCAAUCCACCUAACUAUGGGAAACCUGAUCCCAAAAUCCUUGAAAACACUAGAAGGGUCUAUAAAGGAGAAUUUCAGCUACCUGAAUUUCUUAAAGAAAAACCUCAGACUGAGCAAGUGGAGUAGCUGAGCCAAGAACCUCUGUAUACAUGAGGGAGGACUGCUGCCUUUUCAGCGGAAGGGAAAUUCCUAGGACCGGCUGUGCCCUGCUGAGACCAGUGGAGUGGAUGUACGGCCCCCAUCUCCUGUUCAUUUGCCAGUCUCCUCCCACUGAGAAGGUGGGCGGUCAGUCCACGUUUGGGCCUUCCUGAGUGAUCUGCUUUCUGAGUACAGCGCUCUUGAUCCUAAGUACACGCACAUCCCUGUGGAUGAGGAGCCCAGAGGGGACGUGUGCUUUCUGUUAAACUGCUCUGGUCUUCAUCUUUUCUUAUCAGAUUCUAAGCUUUGUUUUCAAGGGGAGGGUUUAAAAAUGGGAUUCUGAACGCAAAAUGGGGCAGUUUCACCUUGGAAUCAGUUGUCUGUACAUGUUCUAAUGUUUUGUAGAACACUUGUACCUGUUUAAAUGUAUUGAUGUGGAUAAUAUUAAAUGUCUUAAUUAUUUAAAUAAUUCAUUGUAUUGUUUCUGAGAAGUGGAGGAAUUACCAUAUACAUUUACAACUUAAUGACUUUUGUAUUUUAUUUUUCAAAAUAAAAGCUUUAAAUGUGAAGCA